AUGAAGUUAUCAGAAGGCGCUGUGGAGGCUUUAGCUAAUGGACGCCCAGUCAAUGACGUUAUGCUGCAGUUGGUGAAUAUCCGCAAGAUCGAUGGAGGAAAUGGCCCGGUUCGUUUUAGGGCCAUGAUGAGUGAUGGCCGUUACUCCAUGUCUUCAUUUAUGUUGUGUACCCAGUUGAACUAUAUGGCUGAGGAUAAUACUCUGGCCCCACACUGCAUCUGUCUGAUCAAGAGGCACGUCACCAAUAUACUGAAAGAUGGACGGCGUGUAGUCAUUAUUCUAGAAAUAGAGGUUAUAAAGCCAGCGGAUCAAGUGGGUGGAAAGAUUGGUGAACCUGUUCCUUACACUGAAGGUCAAAAAACAGCAGUACAACACCCACCACAGUCGAAUCCAGCACCUCGCCCACCACUCCAGCCCCAAAACGGCAACAAUGAAGUCCACAGAGGUUUCAAUCGGGAUAUGGGAAAGAAAGCUGCGUCCAACAUGCCCAGCACCCCUGGGGGCAGCUCUAAAGUUGUACCUAUUGCCAGUCUCAACCCCUACCAGUCCAAGUGGACCAUCCGUGCUCGAGUUACUAAUAAAAGCACCAUUCGAACCUGGAGCAAUUCUCGCGGCGAUGGAAAACUCUUUUCUAUGGAGAUUGUGGAUGAGAGUGGAGAAAUUAGAGUCACCGGUUUCAACCAAGAGGUGGAUAAAUUCUUUGAACUGGUGGAAGUUGGCAAGGUUUACUACCUUUCCCGAGCCUCGCUGAAGAUUGCUAACAAACAGUACACGUCUGUAAAGAACGAUUAUGAAAUGACUCUUAACGGAGAGACGAGCAUCAUCCCCUGUGAGGACAGCGCUGACGUGCCCAUGGUUCAGUGUGACUUUAUCACAAUCGGUGACUUGGAAAUGAGAGAAAAGGAUGCAGUUGUGGAUGUGAUUGGUGUGUGUAAGUCUGUUGAGGAGGUGACCCGCCUUACUACAAAAACCAAUCGUGAAGUUUCCAAGCGCACCCUGGACCUGAUGGACAUGUCGGGGAAGAUGGUGACGGUCACCCUGUGGGGAGAGGAGGCUGAAAAGUUUGAUGGCACAGGACAACCUGUUGUUGCUAUCAAAGGUGCCAAGCUGUCUGACUUUGGAGGCAGGUCCCUUUCUGCUUCAUUUAGCAGCACCUUAAUGGUCAACCCAGACAUCCCUGAGGCAUACAAGCUGCGAGGCUGGUAUGACAAGCAGGGCCAUGCCAUCGAUGCACAAUCUCUGACUGAGUUGAGGAGUGGAGGAGGGGGAGGAAACACCAACUGGAAAGCUCUCUCAGACGUGAAGACGGAGCACCUGGGACAUGGAGAGAAGGCAGAUUACUACACUUGCAUUGCAACCAUAGUGUACCUAAAGAAGGAAAACUGCCUUUACCAAGCAUGUCCGACCCAAGACUGCAAUAAGAAAGUGGUGGACCAGCAGAAUGGCAUGUACCGCUGCGAGAAGUGCGACAAAGAGUUCCCCAACUUCAAGUACCGCCUCAUCCUUUCUGCAAACAUUGCAGACUAUGGAGACAAUCAGUGGGUGACUUGCUUCCAGGAGAGUGCAGAAGCAAUUUUGGGCCAAAAUGCAGCUUACCUGGGGCAGCUCAAGGAUUCGAAUGAAGCUGCCUUUGAUGAAGUGUUUCAGCAGGCCAACUUCAACUCUUUCAUUUUCCGCAGUCGAGUCAAGUUGGAGACCUAUAAUGAUGAGUCCAGAAUCAAAGCCACAGUGAUGGAAGUGAAGCCUGUGGAUCACAAAGAAUACAGCAAGCGAUUGAUCAUGAACAUCAGAAAAUUGUCCAACCAGUAA